GAUUUAUCGAACGCAACAAUUUCCGGUACGACGUAAACAGAAGUUUGACAUUGGCCACAUUCAUUAGCGUUAAAUAUGGCUUCAGUGUCUUUAAAUACGGUGAAACAAAUAAUGAGAGCAAUGGCGAAAACUCGAGGUUUCGACAGAGUCACAAGUAAGGUGGAGGUUUUGUCUGCCAGUCCGGGUAAGGUGGUGUGUGAGAUGCGGGUGGACGAGGAGCACACCAACCGGGGAGGAACGCUUCACGGCGGGAUGACAGCCACCCUGAUCGAUGACAUCUCCACCUUGGCUAUCAUGUACAGUGAGAGGGGAGCUCCAGGAGUCAGUGUGGAUAUGAACAUAACAUACAUGAAUGCUGCCAAGAUAGGAGAGGACAUACUCAUCACGGCUCAGGUGCUGAAGGCAGGACGGACGCUGGCGUUCGCCACAGUGGACCUCACCAAUAAGGCAACAGGGAAGCUCAUUGCACAGGGGAGACACACGAAACACCUUGGCAGCAGCUGAACUGUCUCCCACAUGUGCCUGUCUGUAUAUAACAUAAGUAUACUGAUGUCAGAACAAGGAAAUGACUGGUGUUACCAGUCUGUUAGGUAUUUGUCGUCAUCAGUUAGACACUAACACCUUUAGGGACAAAUCAGUCCUGACCUCACUAUUGUAUAAAUUGUAUUGUUUCAUGCACAUGCAAUAAAACAAAUAGACAAGU